AUGACAAUUCAUGAAACUCGAGCAACGCCCUCUCCUCCCAGUACGGCGCCUUCUCCCAAUGACACGACAGAGUCCAAUGCGAGCGACUCAUCCGAGAUGGAACCUGAGGCUGAAAGCAAAGUGAAAACAGACCUUCAACCCACUUUGGCUGCUCCUAACCCCACUCGCGCAUCAGUAUCCGACAGCGACAGCGUCAAGACACGAGAUGUCAAGCGAGUUCUUAUGUUCCCAAAAGGAAACAACCAAAGCGAAGCAGUAUCAAUCUACCUUGAAAUUGCUGAUCCAAGCGGCCACGGUCUUCCAGACGACUGGCACGUCUGUGCACAGUUCACACUUGCUUUGUCUCAUCCUGACGAUCCGACCAAUUAUUACUCUAGCACUGCCACGCACCGAUUUAUGGGGGAUGAGAUUGAUUGGGGCUUUACUCGAUUUUAUGAAUUGAAGCUAUUGAACGCCCAGUAUCCUCGCAAUAAUACUGGAAAGGGUCCGUUUAUUGUCAAUAACCAAGCCAUCAUUUCGGUAUUUGUACGUGUUGUCAAGGACGAGACGGGCGUGCUCUGGCAUAAUUUCACAAAUUAUGAUUCGCGUAAAGAGACGGGAUACGUCGGAAUCAAAAACCAAGGCGCAACUUGCUACAUGAACUCACUCUUGCAGUCCCUGUAUUGCACAAACAGUUUCCGACGUGCUGUCUAUCAAAUCCCAACGGAUAGCGACAAACCUACAGAUAGCGUAUCGUUGGCUUUACAGCGUUGCUUUUACAAUCUUCAAUACUCGGAUCUCCCAAUCGGCACAACUGAGCUAACAAAAUCGUUUGGAUGGGAUUCGCUUGAAGCGUUCCGACAACAUGAUGUCCAAGAAUUCAAUCGAGUGCUGCAGGAUCGACUAGAGGAGAAGAUGAAGGGAACACCGGCAGACGGUGCCAUUUCCAAGCUUUUCCGGGGAAAGAUGAAAAGCUACAUCAAGUGCGUCAACGUAGAAUAUGAAUCUUCACGUGUUGAGGAUUAUUACGAUAUUCAACUUAAUGUCAAGGGGUGCAAGAAUCUGGACGAAUCAUUCAAGGACUAUGUUACCGUAGAAACUUUGGAAGGAGAAAACAAGUACAUGGCUGAAGGACAUGGUCUUCAAGAUGCGCACAAGGGUGUUAUUUUCGAUAGUUUUCCGCCCGUGCUCCACUUGCAAUUGAAGCGUUUCGAAUAUGAUUUCAUGCGAGAUACCAUGGUUAAGAUCAACGAUCGGCACGAGUUCCCCGAAGAAAUUAAUUUGGAUGCUUAUUGCUCAAACACAGAUCCAAAAGAUCCAAACGACUAUGAAUUACACGGUGGUGAUAUGCACGGCCAUUACUUUGCAUUGAUCAAACCCGAAAAGGACGGGAAAUGGCUCCGCUUUGAUGAUGACCGUGUGACACCUGUUACUAGAAAAGAAGUGUUUGAAGAAAACUUCGGUGACGAGAACGUCAAUGGCAAUGGUACUGCACCUUUUCUUAGUGGGGUCCGCAACAAUAGCGCGCGCUUGUUAAAACGUUUCACCAACGCGUACAUGUUGGUCUAUGUUCGGAAAAGCAAGCUUGACGAAGUACUUGGUGCAGUUAUCGAUGACAACAUACCUCCACAUCUGAAAAGGCGUGUCAGCGAGGAGCGGGCUGCUUUGGAGAAACGCCGAAGAGAUCGAGAGGAGAUGCAUUUGCAUGUAAAAGUAGCCGUGGUGACCGACAAGUCAUUUCUGGAACGCCAAGAAUUCGAUCUCGCCAUGUUUGACGAUAAAAAUCUUGAAGUGACACCAGGUGUGCAUGUGUUUAAAGUACCAAAGACCGAAAAAAUUGUCAAUCUCAAGCAAGAGCUUGCUGAACACUUCAAGCUACACAAUGAGAAGCACAGACUUUGGUCUAUCGUGCAGCGAACCAACAAGACUGUACGGGUAGAACAGCCACUCACACCGAGCGAGGAGAAGCAGAGUGUUGAAAAGCUCCGGGCACAGUCUUGCGUGACAUCCCAUCAGAAUGGUUUUGCGAAACUUUAUCUGGAGAUCCCUGACGUACCGCUCACGGGCAAGUUUCCCAGCGUCAAGUCUGACACAUCCAUGGUGUUUCUGAAAUACUUUGACGUCAAGCAACAAAAGAUGAUUGGCAUGGGUCACUUGUACAUCAAGGCUCACGACAAGGUUGGUGAAAUCAUACCAGCUUUGCUCGAUCGUGCUAAGCUCCCGAAGGAUACACAGCUGUCAUUGUACGAGGAAGUAAAACCGACUAUGAUUGAGUUUAUGAAUCCGAAGCAUACAUUCCACAACGCUGAAAUCCAAAAUGGCGACAUCAUAUGCUUCCAGAUUGCUGUCAAGGAAGAAGAAGCGGACAAUAUAUAUGCACGUAAUGAAGUAGCAACGGUGCGCGAGUACUACAGCACAAUCUUUAACCGUGUCCUUGUUGAAUUCAAGCCGAGGACAGACAAGCAAGGUCAAGAAGUGAGUCUGAAACUCGACCGUCGCGCUACCUACGGCACUGUAGCCAAAGAUCUCGCCAAAGCACUGAAUGCCGAUUAUCAAAAGCUGAUGUUUACAACUGCCCACUCUGUCACCAGACAACCGAAAGAUGCUUUGGCGUUCUCCAACAAGAUGAGUCUAGAAAGUAUGGUGUCGUCGAUGCCGCCAGCACAAGAAUAUGCCUACGCAGUCAGCAUUGAAUCGGUUCCAGCUCCUAUACUCUACUAUGAUAUCUUGGACGUCAACCUAUCGGAUUUCGAAAGCAAAGAGUCAGUCGACGUAACUUUACUCCAUCCAACGUUACGUGAUGAUACAGCGCUUACAGUUCUUGUUCCGCGAAGAGCCGUUGCAAGCGACCUUGCAGAGGCAAUUCUGGCCAAGAGUCAACUGGAGGACGUCUCUUCCGACCAGAUACGCGUGUUCGGCGUAGCAAGCGGAAAGAUUACGCUGAUUGCUCACCAGAAUCAAACAGUUGCUGAACUGGGUUUUACACCUAAAUCGACGAUUUAUGCUGAAGUGAUUCCCGACGAUGAAGCGUCCAUGGAUCCGGAGGCAGAUCGUCUAAUAGAAGUUGUUAGCUAUCACAAAGAUCCGUCAAGGCUUCAUGGCAUCCCGUUCUUAUUUGUAGCUAAAAAGGAUGAAUUAUUUGCAGAUACCAAAAAGAGACUACAACAACGCUUGGGUAUCGGCGACAAGGAAUGGCAAAAAGUGAAAUGUACUAUCAUCCGCCAACAUCGCUCGUCGAACCCUGAAGUUGAGCAAAUUGAUAAAGAUGACUAUUGUUUGGUCAAGAAUGGCAACAUAGGUCCCAACGAUGUACUUGGAUUGGACCGUGUGGAUAAGACAUCGCGAUCAAGCCGAUUUGGAAGCAUUCUUGAACGCGGUAUCUUCAUUCGCGGCUAG